AUGAGUCAGCAUAACGUUCAUCUGCUCGAUCUUCCGAAUGAAAUACUAUUUAUCAUCUUGAAAAAACUUCCCAAUAUCGAUGUUCUUUAUUCUUUGUUUGGUAUCAAUAAUCAAAGGCUUAAUCUUAUUGCACAAGAAGAUGUUUUUAUUCGAAAUCUUCAUUUUGUUCGUACUUCUCAAUCAACAGAUGAGGUUCAUUCAAUGUCUGAUGCAAUCUUGAAUCGAUUCUGUCAUUUAAUAUUGCCAAAGAUUCAUGAAAAUAUUAAAUCACUUACUGUUGAAUCUGUUUCUAUGGAAAAUAUUUUCAACAGUGGUAUUUAUCCUAAUCUAACUAAACUUACAAUUUUUAAUUUCAAUGAACAAGUCAUUUCUUAUUAUUUGAAUGAUAAUUCUCCUUGUGCACAUAUUUAUAAACUACCAAUUACAGAUCUUAUUCUUAUUAUCAAUGAAAAAAGUGUUAUCGAUGGGAACGAAUUCGAGAAUAUUAAUGUAGAUUAUGGAAUUAUUUUGACUCUAUUUAAACAUUUAAAUCAUUUGAGUAUCAAACCAAUAUCUAUAUUUGAUUAUCCACCUUUAUCAUUAUGUAAUUCAUCAUCAAUGACUUGUUCUUCUUCAAUCCUUACGAAAUUAUGUAUCAACGUACAUAGUUUUAAUGACUGUUUAGCUUUGCUUGAUGGUCGUCUCAAGCAAUUAACUUCGNAGAAUAUUAAUGUAGAUUAUGGAAUUAUUUUGACUCUAUUUAAACAUUUAAAACAUUUGAGUAUCAAACCAAUAUCUAUAUUUGAUUAUCCACCUUUAUCAUUAUGUAAUUCAUCAUCAAUGACUUGUUCUUCUUCAAUCCUUACGAAAUUAUGUAUCAACGUACAUAGUUUUAAUGACUGUUUAGCUUUGCUUGAUGGUCGUCUCAAGCAAUUAACUUCGUUCAAUGUUCAAAUUAAUUAUAUUGGCAAUAGAAUAUCAAGAUCUUAUAACAUGGAUGAUCUGCCAAAUUUACAUUGUUUUUCAUUGAUAUGUUAUAAUGAUACAACUGGAUUUCAAAAUUUAGUUGUACCUCUUCUUCGACGAAUGUCAUAUUUGAAAGAAUUAACUAUCUAUAUUCAAAUAUGCCAUACAUUUUUGUUUGUUUCUGGUCAUUAUCUUGAUAAUGAAAUUCUCAAUCGUAUGUUUCAACUUCAAAUAUUCAAAUUCUAUUUUGCUUCUCAAACUAAUACUCAUGAUCUCUCUAUUCGUUUAUCUAAUGAAGAUAUUGAAAAAACUUUCACCAAUAAAGAACAACGACAUAUGACUUCUAUGGUGGAUUAUAUUGAUUCAAUGGGAAUGAUAUCGCGUGUUUUUUCAAUUCCAUUUCAAUUUACUCGUUUGAGGGAUAUUACAAAUAAUCUUCCAACUACGGUGUAUGAUUCUGUUACUCAUUUAAAAUUAUCUGAUGAAAAACCAUUCAACUAUGAAUUUUUUUAUCGACUUGCACGAAUUUUCCCAUCUGUUCGAAGUCUAUGUAUUUGGAAUCUUCUUUCGCCAUUUUCUACAUAUCGCGAAUACUGUUCAAAAGAUGAACAUUGGUGUUCUAUGAUUGAAUAUUCUCAACUUAUUUCACUUGAUAUAAGUUUUACACAUAUUCAUUACGUUGAACAGUUCCUCAACGAAACGAAAGUGUGUUUACCUCGUNAUGAAUUUUUUUAUCGACUUGCACGAAUUUUCCCAUCUGUUCGAAGUCUAUGUAUUUGGAAUCUUCUUUCGCCAUUUUCUACAUAUCGCGAAUACUGUUCAAAAGAUGAACAUUGGUGUUCUAUGAUUGAAUAUUCUCAACUUAUUUCACUUGAUAUAAGUUUUACACAUAUUCAUUACGUUGAACAGUUCCUCAACGAAACGAAAGUGUGUUUACCUCGUUUAACUGAAUUAAAGGUCAAAUAUCGACAUUUGAGAACGGUAACGGAGAAUUUUACAAAAGAUGUGACACGACGCAACUGUGCUAAAGUGAAAACGUUAAUUCUUCAACACUCCGCAAUUCACACCGACGAUAUUUCUCACUAUUUUCCUUUGUUGUCACAUACAUUUUCUCAUGAUGUUAUCUGA